AUGACCUCAAAACGGAAGAGAACUGAGGCUCAUCCGCCACCUCCGAUACCUGAGGUGUCUGAUACCCCCAGGAGAAGCAGUCGAAGAAUAAAGGAUGCUGCCGAACGGCCAAAGUCAGAGACAGAUUCCAUGAAAGCUGCCAGCCCAAAGAAAACAAAGGCUGUCUGGGAUACAGGCGAAGGUGUCGAAGAAGCCAUGCGCGAGCUGAGCGAGAUGGAGCAAAAGCUGCAGACUGCCGUCAGAAGACAGCGUCUUGCUGUUGAGUCCUCAGAUCUUCAUGUAACGAAGGAGGUCGCCGACGAACCUGGUAUCCGACCGAAGAUGUAUGCGCCGAACCAGGAUACUAUUGUUACCAGGGGAAACUUGGAUGGAAAGCCAAAGGUUGCCAACUCUGUACCACUGGAUGAGUACGACGCCAAACUUGCUGCUGGCGACGUCGCUGAUGCCAAAGCUGAAGACGAUGCCAUGGACCGAGGUGCCAACCGGCCUCCCCCUGUCAACAGUGAAACUCUUCCUCUACCAUGGAAAGGAAGGUUAGGAUAUGCAUGCCUAAAUACAUACCUGCGCAAUGCGACUCCUGCUGUCUUUUCCUCGAGGACCUGUCGCAUGGCCUCCAUUGUUGAACACCGACACCCUUUAACAAACCCUGAUGAGCCAGAACACCCUACCAAGAAUCGACCGGAUAAGAACAAACCCGCAGACCACGAACGAGGACUCAAAUACGUACAAGAUUUGGGCUUGGCGAAUGCAAGAGAUAUUGUCAAAAUGAUUCGAUGGAAUGUCAAGUAUGGCAUCAGAUUUAUGAGACUGAGUAGCGAGAUGUUUCCAUUUGCAAGUCAUCCAGAACAUGGUUACAAGCUAGCGCCCUUUGCGUCAGAUGUGCUGGCUGAAGCUGGCAGAGUUGCUGGAGAGCUGAAUCAUCGUGUAACAACACAUCCUGGACAAUUCACACAGAUUGGUUCUCCGCGCAAGGAAGUUGUUGCCGCUGCCAUACGCGAUCUAGAGUACCACGAUGAGAUGCUUACUCUACUCAAACUUCCCAAACAACUUGACCGCGAUGCUGUCAUGAUCCUGCACAUGGGUGGCGUCUACGGCGACAAGCAAGCAACCGUUGACCGAUUCAAAGAGAACUACGCAAAACUCUCAGACAGUGUCAAGCGAAGAUUGGUGUUGGAGAAUGACGAUGUCGCAUGGAGUGUUCACGAUCUGUUGCCUGUCUGCGAGGAACUCAACAUUCCUCUCGUGCUCGACUACCACCAUCACAACAUCAUCUUUGAUCCAUCGAUAAGAGAAGGUUCCCAAGACAUUAUAGGCCUCUACGAUCGUAUCAAAGCUACCUGGACCAAGAAGGGAAUCACCCAGAAAAUGCACUACAGCGAGCAGACAUCCAGUGCAGUCACACCAAGAGAUCGUCGCAAGCAUUCCGCCAGAGUCAAGACUCUCCCACCAUGUGCCCCCGAUAUGGAUCUAAUGAUAGAAGCAAAGGAUAAAGAGCAAGCUGUUUUUGAACUAAUGCGAACUUUUAAACUGCCAGGUUGGGACACUUUUAACAAUAUUGUACCAUAUGAACGACCAGAUGAAUCACGACAAGCCGUCAAGAAGAAGGCAAAGAAGGGCAAGAAAGCAAACGGCGUCAACGGAGAAGCGGAGGAUGACAUUGAAGUUCCUGAAAAGAUUGUUAGCGCUGAAGAUUUUGGCAUGGGAGGUCCUCAAGCAAGAGUGUAUUGGCCUGAAGGCAUGGAAGAAUGGCUGCGACCGAAGAAGCGCGAGAUUAAGAAGGCAAAGGAGGGCAAAGAUGGAACACCUGCGGUGAAGCAGAAUGGAGAUGAAGAAUGA